CCGCUUAACACCAGGCCUCUCCCUUCUUGUCCACAAAUAAACCCCUCAUUUCUUUUCUCUGGUUCUCUCUCCCUCUCUGGUCACGGUAGUUUUCAAACGCCAUGACCACUGUCGCCUCUGCCGGAGCUCUCUCUCUACCAAUUUCUCUCUGUAAAUCUUCCAAAUUUAACUCCAAGAAGGGUAUUAUAGGAGGGUUUAGGGUGUUUGCUGUAGUUGGUGAGGAAGGUGGGUUGGUGGCGAAGAAAAGUGUUUUGGGGACAAUUUUUGAUGUGGAAGAUCCAAGGUCUAAAGUCCCACAAUGUAAAGGGAAGUUUUUGGAUGCAAAUCAAGCCCUUGAAGUGGCAAGAUUUGAUAUACAAUACUGUGAUUGGCGAGCUCGGCAAGACGUUCUCACUAUUAUGCAUCUCCAUGAAAAGGUUGUUGAAGUUCUAAAUCCCCUUGCCCGAGAGAUCAAGUCAAUUGGGACCUUGAAGACGGAGCUUGCAGGGUUACAAGAAGAACUAGCACAAGCUCAUACACAGGUUCAUAUAUCGGAAGCAAGGGUGGAAACUGCUUUAGAUAAACUAGCUUACAUGGAAGAAUUGGUUAACGAUAGGCUUUUACAAGACAGGAACACAGCAGAAGCAAACCUACUGUCUCCUUCUCCCAGCACGUCAUCAACAUCUUUAGAUGCCGUGAACAAAAAGCUUACUGGGAAAACCCUCUCAGUGUCGGGUCCAGUUCAACCUUACCAUCCCCGCUUAAAGAAUUUUUGGUACCCUGUGGCUUUCUCCACUGAUCUGAAAGAUGAUACUAUGAUUCCACUUGAGUGCUUUGAGGAACCGUGGGUUGUCUUUCGUGGAAAAGAUGGGAAGCCUGGAUGUGUUCAGAACACCUGUGCACAUAGAGCGUGUCCUCUCGACCUUGGUUCUGUAAAUGAAGGCCGCAUCCAGUGUCCGUACCAUGGGUGGGAAUAUUCAACAGAUGGGAAAUGUGAAAAGAUGCCAUCCACUCGAUUAGUUAAUGUGAAGAUCAAAUCAUUGCCAUGUUUUGAGCAAGAGGGAUUAAUCUGGAUUUGGCCUGGCAAUGACCCUCCUGCAGCAACUCUUCCUUCUUUACAACCUCCUUCGGGAUUCUGUGUUCAUGCUGAGAUUGUCAUGGAACUUCCUGUGGAGCAUGGACUACUUCUGGAUAACCUGUUAGAUCUGGCACACGCCCCUUUUACUCACACUUCCACAUUUGCCAAGGGUUGGGCUGUUCCCAGCUUGGUAAAAUUUUUGACGCCUGCAUCUGGCCUCCAAGGCUACUGGGACCCUUAUCCAAUCGAUAUGGAAUUUCGACCACCUUGUAUGGUGUUAUCAACCAUUGGGAUCUCAAAGCCAGGAAAACUUGAAGGGCAGAGUGCAAAGCAAUGUGCAACCCAUCUUCACCAACUUCACGUAUGCCUACCUUCGUCAAGACAGAAAACAAGAUUAUUGUAUAGGAUGUCCCUGGAUUUCGCUCCCGUGCUGAAACACAUUCCGUUCAUGCAGUACCUCUGGAGGCAUUUUGCUGAACAGGUCUUGAAUGAAGAUCUAAGACUUGUACUCGGGCAGCAAGAACGAAUGAUCAAUGGAGCAAAUAUAUGGAAUCGGCCAGUAGUCUAUGAUAAACUAGGAGUAAGAUACAGGUUAUGGAGAGAUGCCGUUGAGCAAGGAGAAAAGCAACUACCCUUUAGCAAAUAAAUUCAGAAUUGGAUGACAUGAAUUUCUUUAAUGCCUUUCCAAACUGAGCUUCCCUCAUCACUUGAAGGUACAGAUUACGCUAGCAAAUUGCAGACUACCCGCUGAUGAUUAUUAUGCACCAGCGUUGGCCGAGGAUACCGCGUUGGCCGAGGAUACCGCAUAAGAUUCACCGGAAACUGUAAUUGAUCGAGGCAAGAGAGGAUGCAGACUCCAGCUGAAGCCCCUGUAAGAUGAGAAAAACUGUACACUGCUCUUAUUUCCUUUUGUGUGCAGUUGUUUUCUUUUUUGGCAUGAUUUUUUUUUUGUUCUUUUGAGAAUUCAUCCAUGUAGUGAAGCAUCGGAUGUCUCCCGAUGUAGUAUCACACUAACAUUCUGAACAAUGAAUAAAAUGAAGGAUCUUCUAACCUCUGUAGAGAAGAAGUUAUUUGAUUGAAACUGAUUCUUGAGUGACA